UUCAGAUAUUUAUAUUCACUUGUGGAUCAUAGUUUACGAGUAAGACAAAGCUCCAAGGCAUGCAUAGGUAGUUGUAACCACUAAAGAGUCAACCACCUACUCAUCUUACAAAAACAAAACACCAUUUUUCAUACUCCGGCACCAAAACAAACCAUGUCUUCUUCUUCUUCUUCUUUCAAAUUCAAAUGCUUCCAAUGUUUUUUCAUGUUACAUGUCUUUGCUGCAACAUCCAUUUUGUCAGACAAUUCUUCAUUCAACAACUUUCUAGACAGUGCCAAGAGUCCUGAGGUUUUCGAUUGGAUGAUCAGUAUCAGAAGGAAGAUUCAUGAGAAUCCUGAACUAGGUUUUGAAGAAUUUGAGACAAGUGAACUGAUAAGAUCAGAAUUGGAUAAAAUGGAUAUACCUUAUAAGCAUCCAGUUGCAAUAACUGGUGUCAUAGGCUUCAUAGGAACUGGAUUGCCUCCUUUUGUUGCUUUAAGAGCUGAUAUGGAUGCUCUUCCCAUUCAGGAAAUGGUGGAGUGGGAGCACAAGAGUAAAAUAGCUGGAAAGAUGCACGCGUGUGGUCAUGAUGCUCAUGUUGCCAUGCUACUUGCUGCUGCAAAGAUUCUCAAACACCAUGAAAAAGAUAUACAAGGAACUGUUGUUCUUGUUUUCCAACCAGCAGAGGAAGGAAAUGGAGGGGCUAAGAAAAUUGUAAAUUCUGGAGCAUUAGAAAAUGUUACUGCUAUCUUUGGUUUGCAUAUUGCUCCUGAACUACCAGUAGGAGAAGUGGCCUCUAGGUCUGGUCCAAUAUUGGCAGGAAGUGGCCGCUUUGAAGCAAAAAUAAGUGGAAAAGGAGGCCAUGCUGCUCUUCCUCAACACUCUAUAGAUCCCAUUUUGGCAGCUUCCAAUAUGGUUAUUAGCUUACAGUACCUUGUUUCUCGUGAAGCCGAUCCUUUAGAUUCACAGGUUGUGACAGUUUCAAAGUUCCAAGGAGGUAGUGCAUUCAAUGUCAUUCCAGAUUAUGUCACAAUUGGUGGCACCUUCCGAGCUUUUUCUAAACAAAGCUUCAACCAUCUGAGACAGCGGAUUGAACAGAUUAUUAUCGGACAAGCUGCUGUGCAUAGAUGCAAUGCAAUUAUAGAUUUCCUGGAUGAAGUGAAGCCUGGCUAUCCUCCAACUAUAAACAAUGGUGACUUGCAUGAGGAUUUUGUGAAUGUUGCAGUGAAUAUGCUUGGUAUCAAUAAAGUUAAUAGUGCCGUGACACCAUCCAUGGGAGCUGAAGACUUUUCUUUCUAUCAAGAGGUGAUGCCUGGUUACUGGUUCUGGCUUGGUGUGCAGAAUGCUUUGCAUAAACGGUUGGAGUCAUUACAUUCACCUUAUCUAGAAAUCAAUGAAGAUGGACUCCCAUAUGGAGCUGCACUUCAUGCAUCAUUAGCUUCUAGUUAUCUUCUAAAACAUCAGCAAAAUGUACCUGGUGUUGAGAGAAGAUAUCAUGGUGAAAUAUAAAUGUUAGUGAACAUUUGGUUUAUGUUGGAAAAUUAGAAGGUUAUAUUGAGAUUGUGAAGAAUUUAGGAGGAGAGGAUAUUUGAGAGAAGGAAAUUUUUUAUUGCUGAAUAGAAUACAUAAAUUCUUAUUUACUUCCUUCUUAAGGGAAAGUUCUACGUACCAUAAUAAGUUAUUCAAGCCACUUCAAGAAAGAGUUGUAUAUAACUGAUUAAAACCCUGUUGUCUGUUGUUGUUUAGGUUGUACAACUUGUAUCACUUUGAGCUUUUAUCAUAAUCAAGAAAUGCCUCAGCCCAAA